ACAGAUAAACAAAGCAAAUUCCCGACAUGGAGAAACAUCACCAGCGCAUUCACACAGGAGAGAAACCGUAUCACUGCUCAGACUGUGGCAAGACUUUUACUAAACAGAGUAAACUCAAAAAACACCAGCGCAUUCACACAGGAGAGAAACCGUAUUACUGCUCAGACUGUGGGAAGAGUUUUAAUCUACAGAGUAGUCUCAAAAUACACCAGCGCAUUCACACAGGAGAGAAACCGUAUCACUGCUCAGACUGCGGGAAAAGUUUUAUUACACAGAGUCAACUCAAAAUUCACCAACGCAUUCACACAGGAGAGAAACCGUAUUACUGCUCAGACUGUGGGAAGAGUUUUAAUCAAGAGGGUCAUCUCAAACGACACCAGCGAAUUCACACAGGAGAGAAACCGUAUCACUGCUCAGACUGCGGGAAGAGUUUUAUUACACAGAGUCAACUCAAAAUUCACCAACGAAUUCACACAGGAGAGAAACCGUAUCACUGCUCAGACUGUGGGAAGAGUUUUAAUCGACAGAGUAAUCUCAAAAAACACCAGCGCAUUCACACAGGAGUAAAACCGUAUCACUGCUCAGACUGUGGGAAGAGUUUUAAUCAACUGAAUUAUCUUAAAAAUCACCAGCGCAUUCACACAGGAGAGAUAAGUAUCUCAGAUGGUCCACUGCAAUAAAAAGUGCAAAUUCUAAAUCGUUGACAGCCAAAGCACCUUAUUCCACCCAGAAUCUUCACUCUGUCACUUCACUCUGUCACUCUGACACAUUCCACCAGAAACAAUCAUGAACUGAAUUUAACAAUGCCUUUGACAGGUUUAGCAAAAUGAAUCUUAUCUGGGGAUGUUGUUUAAUGUAUUCCAUGAUAUGUUUUUCCCAGACAUGUGUAUGUAUAAAGACAUGUAAAAAAAAAACUAGAAACUCAGACUUAAGUAAAAGUACAAGUAUAUUUAUUUGAUUAGAAUUUGAAGUGUUAUUUAAGCUUCAUACUUGUUGUACUUGUGUUGCAAGUAGUUUUUCUACAUAUUUGAAUCUAGUACUGAA